AUGCAGAACUCACAGCACUUGACAAAAACUAGGCAUUUUGAUCGUUUCUCAAGAUUCUCAAAUUGCAACCGUGACCCAGAGAUCCCAGACUUUCCCAAACCAAAUAUAGGGCCUUUUCGCAAUGGGAAUCCAACACCCUGUACCUGCCAAAAUACUAAGCCAGCAGACCAGUAUGUGUCAAAAAAUGAGAUGGACGACCUGCAAAAACGCCGGGCAGAAGAGUUCAGACAACACCAGAUCAGGACAGGGAAAGAAAAUGAUGUUCUUAUUCUCGUCCCCGCCAACACCCCGCUCCAGUAUCCGAUGAGAGGAUUCAGAGUGACUCCUAUGAAUAAAACACUCAUUCCUGGUCUAGCACUGCAAACACAAAAGAGAGCGGUUUACCAGGUGUCUCUAAGGGUUCAGAAAGGAGUGCUCUCAGUGCUGGAUGUCCAGGAAGGAGAGCAGGUGGAUGGCCAGAAUGAGAAACAUCUGAGCAUCUCAUCCAGCAGCCUCCAACAGUUCAACGACCUGCUGAGCAGACUGACUUACACCAGCACCAUCUACCACAUCAAGACUGAGGACCUCGCUUACUUCUCUUUUGAGAACCAUCAGGUCAUAUUCCCAAUUGAGAUCAGACGUUUGUCAGUUCCUGUUCUGUUUGACCCAGGAAAAGAUGUGAACUCUCAGGUGACUGUGCUAAUUAAAGCAUUUCUGCGAUACAAAGAACUAAGGGUCCUCAUCAACAGUAUCCGUUGGGGCUACCCAAAAAUAAAGAUCAUUGUUGCUGAUGACAGUCUGAACCCAGAGAAGGUGGUCGGUGACAAUAUAGAGCACUACAUAAUGCCCCCAGCACAGGGCUGGUUCGCAGGCAGAAAUCUGGCAGUCUCCCAGGUCACCACUAAGUACUUCCUGUGGGUGGAUGAUGACUUUGUGUUCCUGAAUGAGACGCGUAUUGAGAGCAUUGUGAACAUCAUGGAAGCUGUUCCUGAACUAGAUGUGGUUGGUGGUCAAGUAGGAGAAAAUCAGUUUUCCUUCCAGUUACAAUACGAGGAAGGGAACAGCGAGGAAGGCGGCUGUAUCACACGCGUCCAUCGUACCCAUGCACCCCUGCCGGGUUUCAACGGCUGCUUCUUUGCUGAUGGAGUCGUCAACUACUUCCUGGGCCGGACAGACGCUGUGCGGAGGGUCGGUUUUGACCCGUUCCUCAAACGAGUGGCUCACACUGAAUUCUUCGUUGAUGGGCUUGGAGAUUUAUUAGUUGUCACCUGCAAAGGACUCAGAAUUGGUCACCAAAAACACAGUUCCACGAACAAGUACAGUUCCUACAGGCAUCCUCCCAAAAGUGAUUCAGAGGCAAAAAUGGCCCACCAUUUUUUCAAGAACCAUCUCAAAUGCAUCAAAUAUUAAGGAGCCUUUCAGGUGAAAUAUGCCAUUCCUCACACCUUAUUUAUCAUUGGAUUUUUUUUUUUUGGCUUUACAAGUCAAAGGUUUGGAUCUACUCAUUCAUAUGAAAGCUUGUUUUUGCCAUUGAAAAAAACAAAAAAAUUAAUUGCUACUUUUCACAAUGCUGAAUUUUUUCUCACAAUUUAGACUUUGUUUCUUGCAGUUCUGACCUAUUUUCUCAGAAUUGUAAGUUUAAAUCUAUGUAUUCUUUUUUUCAUCAUUCUGAGUCUAUUUCUCACAUUUUUAUUUACUUAUUUAAUUUUUUGCACAGAAUAAAAAAUUGUGACUUCUUGUAAAAAAUUAUGACGUUUUCAUAACGUUUCUCAACUUCAUGCAUCCUGGGAUGUUUUUAAACACUAUUGAAGGAGUUCACAAGUAUGUUGACUGGUUUUGAUUUGGUCUUUCAUAUUUUAGCAUUUUCAUAUAUUAUUUGUUUUUAGAAAAUUCAAUAGUAAUGUUCCCAGAAUGUUUGCAAAGUUUUAAAAUUGAAUUUUCUCUUAAUGUUUACAUAACCAAUACAUGUAAGUAUAAUAUAAAUAUAAGUGUCAGAUUUGUAUUUUAUUGUUCAAAAUCAAGUGGCCAGCAAUGUCACCAUUU